CCCCCCCCCCCAGGGAUGCAGCAGGCGGUUGCCAUGGCAACGCAUCACAGGUGAGAUCCCACGAUCCCGGCUGGAAUUCCAUGAUGGCGUCUCCGGCCGUCAGCCCUGAUUCCUCAUCCCACUCGGCUCCCGCUUGUUCCCCCACUUCCGACUCGGAAAACCUGAGUCCCGAUGAGCUGGAGCUGCUGGCGAAGCUGGAGGAGCAGAACCGCCUCCUGGAAGCCGACUCCAAAUCCCUGCGCUCCAUGAACGGCUCCCGACGGAACAGCGGCUCCUCAUUGGUCUCCAGCUCCUCGGCCUCCUCCAACCUCAGCCACCUGGAAGAGGACACCUGGAUCCUAUGGGGCCGCAUCGUCAACGAAUGGGACGAGUGGCGCCGCAAGAAGGAGAAGCUGCUGAAGGAGCUCAUCCGGAAGGGGAUUCCCCAUCACUUCCGCGCCAUCGUCUGGCAGCUGCUGUGCGGAGCCUCCGAGAUGCCCGUCAAGAAGCAGUACUCGGAGCUGCUCAAGAUGUCCUCGCCCUGCGAGAAGCUGAUCCGUAGGGAUAUCGCGCGCACCUACCCGGAGCACGACUUCUUCAAGGGCCAGGACAGCCUGGGCCAGGAGGUGCUCUUCAAUGUCAUGAAGGCCUAUUCCCUGGUGGACCGCGAGGUCGGCUACUGCCAGGGCAGCGCCUUCAUCGUGGGACUGCUGCUCAUGCAGAUGCCCGAGGAAGAGGCUUUCUGUGUGUUCGUGCGGCUGAUGCAGGAAUACCGACUGCGGGAGCUCUUCAAGCCCAGCAUGGCCGAGCUGGGGCUCUGCAUCUUCCAGUUCGAGGCCCUGCUGCAGGAGCAGCUGCCGGAGCUGAACACCCACUUCCGCUCCCAGAGCUUCCUCACUUCCAUGUAUGCUUCCUCCUGGUUCCUCACCCUCUUCCUCACCACCUUCCCAUUGCCGGUGGCCACGCGCGUCUUCGACAUCUUCAUGGACGAGGGGCUGGAGAUCGUUUUCCGUGUGGGAAUGGCGCUGCUGCAGUUCAACCAGGCUGAGCUGGUCCAGUUGGAUAUGGAGGGAAUGUCCCAGUACUUCCAGAAGGUGAUCCCGCACCAGUUCGACAGUUGUCCGGAUAAGCUCAUCCUUCGGGCAUUCCAGGUCAAAUACAAUGCCAAGAAGAUGAAGAGGCUGGAGAAGGAAUACGCCAGCAUCAAGAACAAGGAGAUGGAGGAGCAGAUCGAGAUCAAGCGCCUGCGCACGGAGAACCGGCUCCUGAAGCAGCGAAUCGAGACCCUGGAGAAGGAGAGCGCGGCUCUCGCCGACCGCCUCAUCCAGGGUCAGGUGACGCGGGCGCAGGAGGCAGAGGAGAACUACAUCAUCAAGCGGGAGCUGGCGGUGGUUCGGCAGCGCUGCAGCAGCGCCACCGAGAGCCUCCAGCGCGCCCAGAGCACCAUCCGCCAGCUGCAGCACCAGCAGGGGAACCCGCGGCUCAGUGAGGCCUUCGUGACGCAGCUCGAGGCAGAGCUGGAGCAGUCGCGGCUCCGCGAGAGCCAAACCCGAGGAGCCCUCAAGGAGAUGCAGGAUCGGGUCCUCCACAUGGAGCAGCAGAGCAGUUCCGUGCGGCUGCAGGAGGAGCUCCAGGACCAGUUCCAAGAGGAGCACCUGGAGCUGGAGCAGGAAGAGCAGGAGCUCCAGGAGCAGCUCCAGGAUCAGCUCCAGGAUGAGCUCCAGGAUCAGCUCCAGGAUCAGCUCCAGGAUCAGCUCCAGGAUCAGCUCCAGGAGCAGCUCCAGGAUCAGCUCCAGGAUCAGCUCCAGGAUCAGCUCCAGGAUCAGCUCCAGGAGCUGCAUGAGCUGCAUGAGGCUGAGGCCCUCGGGUCCCUAUCGGAGCUGCAGCAGCCGGUGAAGGAGCUCAGGGACAACGGCACAGGGGAGGUGCAGGUGGAGCUGCAGGAGCUGCGGCAACGGGUGCUGCACCUCGAGAGCCAGGGUGCUCUGCAGCCACUGGAGGUUCAGCACCGGCACCAGGAGUUUCAGAGCCAGGAGCUGCACGAGGGGAGCAACGCGGCAGCAAUGGAGGAGCUGCGGCAACGAGUGACAGAGCUGGAACUGCAGCAGGAGCAGCGGCUGCUCCAGGGGCAGCUCAAGAGCUCGGAAGCAGCUCAGAGCAUCCGGCACCUGCGGGAGCACAUCCGGGAGCUGCAGGCAGAGAUCCGGAUGCUUCGGGGGUCGCUGCCAUUCGGUGCCGUGGGGCUGGGCCCCCCCCUGCGCCCCCCCCUGGACUCCUCGGGCUCUUCCGACGAGGAGCCCCCACCCCCCCCACUGCGGGACCUGAGGCACUUGGGGGGCAGCAGCGACAGCGACCACGAGGGGGCGCCCCCUGCACCCUGAGCCCCAUAGAGGGGGGGGCUCCAGCCCCAUAGAGCCUGGGGGCAGCAAGGGGCACCCAUGGGUCCUGUGGCACCCAAGGACACCCAUGGAGCCCAUAGGACACUGAGGAGCACCCAUGGGUGCUGGGGCACCCAAGGACACCCAUGGAGCCCAUAGGACACUGAGGAGCCCCCAUGGGUGCUGGGGCACCCAAGGACACCCAUGGAGCCCAUAGGACACUGAGGAGCACCCAUGGGUGCUGGGGCACCCAAGGACACCCAUGGAGCCCAUAGGACACUGAGGAGCACCCAUGGGUCCUGUGGCACCCAAGGACACCCAUGGAGCCCAUAGGACACUGAGGAGCACCCAUGGGUCCUGUGGCACCCAAGGACACCCAUGGAGCCCAUAGGACACUGAGGAGCACCCAUGGGUCCUGUGGCACCCAAGGACACCCAUGGAGCCCAUAGGACACUGAGGAGCACCCAUGGGUGCUGGGGCACCCAAGGACACCCAUGGAGCCCAUAGGACACUGAGGAGCACCCAUGGGUGCUGGGGCACCCAAGGACACCCAUGGAGCCCAUAGGACACUGAGGAGCACCCAUGGACCCUAUAGGACCCAAGGGACACCAAGGAGCACCCAUGGACCAUGGCACCCAGAGGACACCGGGGGGCACCCAUGGGCCCCAUAGCACCCAAUGGCACCCAAGGGGCUCCUGCCCUGAGGGAUGCUGGGAUGUGAUGGGAUAUGGGGACGGGGAUGGACCCAACCCCCCCCCCCCCGCCGGGAUUGGUUCCUUCCUGUACAGAGAAAUAGAGACAAUGCUGGAAAACA